AAGAAGGUCCCGAUCUUAGUGCAAUUUCUGCCCCGUGUGGGACUGUCUGCGUAUAUAGAAUUUAGCUAUAUUCCGUAGAGUCUGUAUUCGUAGAGGCGACGAUUUAUUCGUAUCCUACUUAUAACAUAACAGAUUGACAGUUCGCUAUUCCGCUGGCGCUUAUGAUAAAUGUGUAAACAGUGUAAUGAUCAAGCGGUGUAUCAAGAUAAUAGAAGUACAGUGACAUUUACUGAUUCGGUGGAAAAGUGUUUAUUCAUAGGAUAAAAUACAACGCUAACACACCUUUGGAUAUUUCGUGUCAGCCUAUCGUUGAUAUCCCGAUACCAUAAACAUUGCAAAGGGUACUUAACAUGCACACAUUUCCGAUCAACGAUCUAGAUGUGGUGCGCCUGGAAUACCUGCUCAACCUAUCCUCAAAGCCUCCGUUACAUUCGCUCGACGUGCUGAGGUUUUCCGAAGAGGGCAAAACGCGGGUUCUCCACGUGGCAUUGCGUCAAGAGAACGACUGCAUCGAAGUCGUGAAGUUGCUGUUGAAGCGCGGCGCGAGUGCGAAACUAAAGCUCGUCGAGAGCGGCGAGACAGCCAUACACGUAGCCGCCAAACACUGCAACGAUCCCGUCAUCCUGCGGCUCUUGUUUGACGCGGGCGCGAACGUGCACGCGACCACGAGAUUCGAAAACCAAACAGCGUUGCACAUCGCGGUGAGGAGAUGCCAUCAGCCGGUAGUCGAGGAACUGCUCAGACGAGGUAUCCACAUCGACGCGCAGACUCGAAACGGUAACACAGCUCUUCAUAUGGCAGUGUUGAAGGGGUCCAAAACGAUGGUGAAAUUGCUGUUGGAUCGCGGUGCCGAUCCUAACUGCCAAAAUGACGAAAAAGAGACACCCUUCACCAGCAGUCUAGGUCGGUUUGAAGAUCAAAUCAGUCGUCUCAUGCUCAGAACCAACAUCGCGAAACCGGUGAACGUCUAUCUGAAGAACCACGAGGGCGAAAUCGCGUUGCACUCGGCGGCACUUCACUGCAAGAGUGUAGCCGUGUUCAAGACGGUGCGGAAUCUCGGUCCUUCGAUGAUAGAGAACGAUUCGCGUCUACUGUUUUACGCCAUCGCGAAUCGAAAUUCGAGCACGCGGGUUGAGCUGCUUCGCCUGCUGCUGGAGUCCAACAGUGCCGAUCCCCGGUCGAUCGUCUCGAGAAAAGGCGAAACGAUGCUCCACUUUGCCGUACGCAUGGGAGCAGUCGACGUCGCUGAAUAUCUCCUUGACUUUCAGAAGCUCGACAUUAACGGCAAGCCUGGUCAGAAAAUCCCACUCUUCAGCGCACUGCGGAACGGUGAUGAGGCGGCUGUGAACCUGCUGCUGCGUCACGGCGCCCAAACCGAUCUCGUCGAUCGACAAGAUUGUCAUCAGAGCCCUUUGCACGCGGCCAUCGCAGGAUUCAAUGAUGACGAGGGAGAGCUCUUUCGCGUUUGCAGAAAGCUGAUCGAUCGAGGAACACCGCUGGACCACUUUGACUCGAACAAACAAACGGCUCUCGUCACGGCGCUGCUUGGCGGUAAGAAGCUCCUCGCCGAACUGCUGAUCAGGCGCGGUGCGAACGUUCGCCUGGCUACGUUUGAAGGUUUGUCUCCGCUUCACAUUGCCUCGAAGAAAGGUCUGGUGAACAUUGUGAAAAAGUUGCUCGUCGCUGGGGCGAGUGCCAACGACACCCGCGUCGAUGGAAAAUCCGUGCUCGAGUACGCCACGAGUAGUUCCGACAACUCGAGUUGGGACUCGGUUAAAUUGCUUUUGGAGUACGGUGCUAACUGCAGAGCCGACGGCGGCGCCCUAGUCUCAGCGCUGAUUGAGCACAAGCUAGAAAUUCUGAGGCUCCUGUUAUCGCACGGAGCCGAUGUCAAUCUCGAAUACCAGGGUAAGGUGCCGCUAGCUUACGCGAUCGAUACGAAUAGUAGCGACUCGAUCAAAACCACCGAAUGCCUAUUGAAGUAUAUAGCACUUCUGGACUCGCAAGGCCGGCCCGUUCACCAGGAGAACUUGAAGUUGAUACGCGGAUCCGUGCGGUUCCAAAAUUUUUAUAACCGCUGCAUUCUCGAGCUCGAGUCCAUGAGAUCGACGCCGCUCGACCAGGAGUUCUCUGUAACCUACUUCGAUCUGUUGACCGGACGCGACGAUAGCAUCGAGUGCUGCUUGCGCUACAGAAAGCUAAAGAUCGAGGUAAUAGGCAAAUUGAAAUUCGACAUCUACUUUGGUAUGAUCCUGAACAAAUGGCGAGUGGGCUUGCGUCGACUGUCGAUGCUUGAAAAAUUGAGAGCACCGCUAGUGGACGCUCUGAUAAAUCGGUUACCCUGCGAGCUGAUAGAGAUGAUUUGUGCGUACUUCAGUGAUCAGGAGCUGGAAGCUUGCGGUCUUGACAGCAGAUGAACUGUUUUUAUUACGAUAUUUGUCAGUAUGUACGCGAUUUUAUCAGUAUUACAGUAAACUACGGGUUACGAAUUUGUAUAUAUUUCAUCGAUCGGUAACUCGACCUCUUUUUAUUUUAUCAACUGACAUUGCCAAGUGCAACUAAUUUAGACAGUUGACGCUUAUGCGCGAGAUAAUGUUUUUGCUAGAGUAGGGUUCGCGGGCCCGGGCAUCAUGCCAUCACUGCACGUGUAUUAUAUGUAUAUACUCUUAUAUAUAAGGCUUUCAAUUAUUUUAUGCUAGCGCAACUGCAUGCAUUUGAGUUAAAAAUGCAUUGACUAAAACAAUCAAAUAAAGUCCCAAAUCAUUCUUUACAAGCGUGUAUAUCGGCGGUUGGGAGGAUGAACUAGUUAAUUCAGCAGAGUCUUCGGAAACCAGAUUUUUUUUGAAAAAACGACUUGAGAAACAAGGUAUUUCGGAGAUUGAGUUAAAGAACCAGGUAUCUCAGGAAUGCGUUCGGAAACCAGAUAACUAAGGAGAUGCGUUCGAAAACCAGGUAUCUCAUGUGUCGAAUUCCCUGAGAUACCUGGUUUCUGAACAUAUUUCUUGAGUUAUCUGGUUCUUGAACGCAUUUCCUGUGAUACCUGGUUCUUUAACUCAAUCUCCAUGAUACCUUGUUUCUAAAGUCAUUUUUUGAAAUACCUGCUCUCCUGAUUUCCGGAGACUCCGCUGAACUAACUGGUUUAUCCUCCCAACUGGCGAUAUGGGGAAUUCUACGGGAAAAAUGCACUUUCUUGACUUCAAAAACGAUAAAAAGAAAUGCUAAGCCACGCGCUUGGACCACUUAUUUUCUGAUUGUACAUGUUGAAAAUAAUGCGAAACCACAUUCCAAUACUGAAAAAGUGCCUCGCGGCACUGUUUUCGACAAGCUCAACGGCAUGUACUUAAUAUCAAUAUCUGAAGGCGAAAACAGAAAAGCUUAGAAAAGUCGGUAGGAUGGAAGAAUAAAUAAAGAGCUGUAAUUUAAAAAAA